AUGUCCCGCAGGCAGUCCGGCGAUGGCAGGGCUGCGAGGCAGGGGCUUGCGGACGAGCGCGCAGGGCGUCUCAAUCGUCUCUUGGUGGGUCGAGGCGAUGGCGCCCUGCGGCUCCUCAAGGAUACCCGGCUCUUCCACCUCGACGACGACGAGGCUUUGCCGAUGAGAGGCGCUGCGCUGCCGCCGCGGCGAGGGUGCCAGGCCGCGCUUCGCGGCCAGGCCGUUUUCGUGCUGGACGUAUUCAAGAGGUACGGGGUGGCGUCGGCCGACGUGGCGCCGGUGGAGGAGCUCCCGCCUGAUGCAGAGGGGGCCGUGUGGGGAUUGGGGGCAGUGUUCACGUGCAGACUGGCGGAUUUGCGCGAUGCCGCCUACGAGCUCAAGGUGACCGUGGUCAAUCAACGCGUGCGUCUUCGGCGAGAUACCAGCGCGAUAUCCUCGCCCACGAAGACGCGGUCGGUGAACAUGGCGCGCGUGGCGGCCGCGACUCUGCGGGCGGGCCACGCGCCUCUGGACCUCCGCCGGACGCCUGGGCAUCCUGAGCCGGUGCAGGUGCAUCCGUCGGGGAUCAAGGCGCACCAGGACUGGGCCCGCGAGAUGGGGGAGGAGCACCGCGCCGUGAUGAACAAAAGACGCCACGCGCACCCUUACUGGGUGCUCGACGUCCCGGGCCCCAUGCCGUUCUACGCCCAACCGUGGCGGUGCGACACGUGCCGAUUGAAGGGGUCCUUGGCCGAUCGGCUCCCCUUGCGGCGCAUUGCGUCUGCACCCGAGGAGGCCUUGAGGACUUACUUCCAGGUGUUGGACUCGGACGUCGCCGCCGCAUUCCCGAACGUCGCCGUGUUACACAACGCCAAGGAGGGCACGGCGCGCUUCACCGCCAGGUUCUUCUUCGAGGUGGCCCAGCGCCUGUACGAGUGUUUCAACUCCCGCGAGGUGCGCAGGCACAUCGUGUCCAUGUACUCGUGCAACGCCUUGUCGCAGGCCCUCUCGCUGGACGGCGCCCCGGUGUGCGCAGUGCCCGACGACGCCAUGAUGAGGAGCAUCUUGAUGACGGGUUUCCGGGGGUUUCUCCAGAGUAGAGUCGACGUCAUGAAGCGGAGGCAGUUGUGCUACAACGCGCGGGGCAUCAGACUGGACGGUAAUUUCAAGCUCGGCAAGAUCAUCAGGGUCCCUGAUGGCGGGACCGCGUACUCCGUGGCCAUGGGCUUCUGCGGCCUCGACGGCUCCCUCCUCGUCCCACCCGUGCCGCUGACCCACGAGUCCUGGGAUCAAAUUGAGACUAUCCUCCAGCCCCUUCUUGAAGACGUCAGGGGCACAAUGAUGGCUUGUGGCUAUUCUGCGGACGAGUCCCAGCCGGUCUUCUGCUCCACGGACGUCUACGAGAAACACCGGCUUCGGCUACGAGGCGCGUUUGCGAAGGUCUGGUCCGGCCUCCGGCUCGUUUCCGAUGGCGUCACCCCGAAGGCGCCGGCCUCCAGGAAACGCGUUCUCGCCUCGGAGCACGUCCCCGGGUGCGCGCUGAUUACCGGCGACCCGCAGCAUUGCAUCAUCAAGAUGAGGCGCUUCGUCAGCCCCCACAGCGCGGACGGCCGCGACUUCCAGUUCGACUACAUCGACGCGAUCAAUAGGCUGAGUAAGCCGAGGGCGCUAGCCGACGCCGCGGCGGUUCGCGGCUGCUGGAGGCCUCUGUCCCCCGCGGGUCGCGACUUGCUGCGCGCCGCCGUGUCGCUCCCGAAGGAGAAGUACGACGCCGUCGCUGGCCGCGCCCCGGCGGCCGCAAGAGAGAAUUUCAGGCAGUUCAUGGGGAAGCCGCGAGUUCUCCAGGACCCAGUGUGGGUUGAGUACUUCGGGGCCGCGCGCGCUUUGCACAGCGCCCUUGCACCCGCACGGGUGGACAAGGCCGGGCCGCAAGUCUGGGCCCGGCGCCGGGGCAUUCGCGAGGACCACCGGGCCCGGCCGUGGGCGGCCCUCGCGGGACUCCGUGCUGAAGGCGAAGUUGAAGCAGCACCUCCGCGUCCUCGUGUCUCAUCUCAAGGUAGAGGCGUUGUUCAAGUGGCGCGAGGUUGCCGACUUGCUCCACGAGGCCGGCGUCGACAUGCAGUCUGGAACGGUGCCAGUAGAGCGGUUAUGGGCGAAUUUCGUGUGCUAUUUCCCCGACGCUGCCAGAGGCAUGAGCCGGGACUGGUGGGAUCUCCUGAACAAUUUGGGGUACAUGCGCUACAACUUUCGGCACUUCAACCACCCGCACCUGGACGCCUGGACGCGCGGAGACGCGCUGAUAGCAGAGCGCAUAGACAACAUGAUCACAUUGGCGAGGGCCCUCCAGAGCCACGGCCAGGGCACCUCUCCUCAGCUGGCCGCGCUGUUCAAGGACAUCAUGGGCGAUGUGCGCGACGUGCAGGAGGCCGCGU